AAAAAUAAACUUUCAGGUCUCAGGUCUUCCUGUCUUGGUUACUGAUGAUGAAGUUCUUCAAUUAAAUUGUCUACACCUAUCAUGGAAAUUGAAAAAGAUGAACUUAAAAUUUUUGAUUUUGUCUUACCAAAUGGCUCCUUGGUCCCUCUUUCUUGCUCACAUCACUUGACCCUUCGGAGCGUUAAACAUUUGCUAUGGACUGAGGCUAAGAAGUAUCCUGCAGCAGCAACUUUAGGGGAUCUCUCCAACUAUGUGUUGGUGGGCAUUGCUGGUGAUGCAGAAUUUCCAACACAACAGCUGCUCUGGGACGAAGAUGAAAAGCUUUUAGAAAUAAACUUGAAAUUUUCUUCAAUGAAACUGAAACUCUUGGAGCAGCCAAUUGAGGAAGUCAAACUUUAUGCUCAAGUUGGUCUGAUUGCUGGUCGUCCUUUGAGUGACCUUGAUGAUUGUCAUGAUCAAGAAAUAACUUCUUUCCGGCGUUCUAUUUUGGAGGUUGUUGAGGAUGCCGUGGAGUGCAGAGAACGGGGUGGCUGGCUGUCCAUUGCUCGCUAUAACUUCCCUCCGCUGCUUGAGGCUUCACCAAUUCUGCCCUUGACUGCUGCAAGUAAUAAGGAUCAAGGCUUUCUGCACGUGGGUGUUAUGUACAAAUCAAAGGACUGCACCGUCAAGGCUCUUUGGUCAGACACUCCCAAGAAAAUCCUGCACGUUGUUCUUCAUAAACUUGGUUUGACAGCCACACAAGAAGCUGGGCCAGCUACUCCUGCUGCUCAACAGUCGCUCUCUCCGCCACAUUUGAAUGACAUUAACUUUGACGCGCUAAUUAAUGAAGAUAAUAAGACGAAUGACUGCCUGCAGUCUCCUCAGUGCCAGCAGCAAGUGGAGGCGCAUGUGCUGAAAAUUUCUGGCGUCACUGAAUAUCUGCUGGCCGAGGAACCCAUCGCUCAAUACAAGACCAUUUAUCAAAUGAUAUGUCGAGGCAAGACGCCUAAACUGAUCAUGCUGCCAUUUGCGGAGCUGGAGAGCAGCUUGUCCCGCCUGGGAGCGAGAGGUUGUUCUUGUAUGAACCACGUCUCUGCUGAGUGCUGCUGUAAGAACUCUGUACCGGAGCUGCACCAUCAGACUAAAUCUUGUUCUUCAGACAUAGCGCCACGGAAACAAGCUACACUUUCUGACUGUGACAAGGAAUUACCAAAAUCUGAACACAGAAACGAUUAUUCAUCCAACAGAAAACGCCUCCAGGCUGACGGAACUCCCGAAAGAAAUUUGAUGCGCAAGCGUCGAAAACUCGACUCGAUCAAAAUAAGGCAAUGUCAAUACUAUUUCAAGGGAAUGAUUGCUCACAAGAAAGCAGUGAGAGUUUCUAAUUCCCAGCCUAAGACCUUGGAUUGUGCAAAUGAACUGAAAUGCUCUCGCAGCGCCCAAACCUCUGCAUCCUCUCCCCUCACUCUAAAUAGAACCGACAUUGUGCCGCCCAUCACACAGCUGCUCCGGCAGCAGUUCACAGAAGCUCGACUCGCUAAAUAUGACGGCAACUCUAUAUCUACCCAAGAUUGUAAACCCCGCUGUUCCUUUAAAAAAAUACAAUGCAACAAUAAUUGCUGCCUAUCACCAGUUCAAGCCUCCAGGACCCCGCAUGUCAGACAUAAAGUCAAGAGAAGACUUCCACCAAACUCUAGGACCACACCUCCAGAAGCUAACAAAUUUUUGCCGGACAGUGACUCCGUUGCCGAUGACCAGAGGUCUGGCAACUCUGUCAACUUGUGGCAUCCUAGCCUGUCAGGACCUGUCAAGGUCUGCGUCAAGCGCGCGACAAAGUUGAAUGCUUCUUCUGGUCAGAAGGUGCGGGUGGUGGGGGGUCUGUACCACGGACGCGACGAGCUCUGCCCCCCGCAGCAGACCAGCGCCGCCCUCGUGUCUUCUACAGACCACCCAGGGUCUGAUGACGGCACCGAAGGCUGCUGCGCUGAGUGGGACGAGUGGCUGGAGUGGGACCUGAACCUGCAGGACUGUCCCCGGGCCACCAAGCUCUGCUUGUCCGUCAUCACCUCACCUGUCCUGGGGAACAGCAGGGUGGUGAGCAGCACCUGCUGCCCUCUGUUCGACCACGAGGGGCGUCUGGUGCAGGAGCGCCUCAGCCUCCCCCUGAGUGACGGCGGCGCUGAAGGCGAAGGCGUCGCCAGCGCCGGCCUCUGCCAGUUCCUCUUCCCGUUCCUAGACCUGCCAGACGCACCGGCCUCCAGACACGGGCGCCUCGUGGUCGUCCCCGAGACCAAGUCAGGUGGCAGGCCCGUGCACUUCCCGUCCCUGCGGCAGAUCCUGGCCUACGCCUGCACCUCUGAGAAGCUGGCGCCUCCUCCUGCUGCUGACACGACGCGAUCGAGCGGCGUGCAGCAGGACGCGCACUCCCCCAGCGACGAGGACCUGUCGUUCCUGUGCCGCUUGUCUGAAGUGGACCUGUGCACCGCAGUGCCUGCCGCAGACCUGGCCAGACUGUGGCGACUGCGGCGCUACUGCCACCGAGUGCCAUGCGUCCUGCCACGGCUACUGCACUCUGUCUGCUGGACCAACAGGGACGUCGUGGCAGAGGUGUACUCUCUGCUGCACGGCCUGUGGUCGAGCUCCCUGCCCAUGGGCGUGUGCAUUGAGCUGCUACAGCGCCACUACCCCGACCCUGUGGUGCGCUACACCGCCGUCCAGAGCCUCGCCAAGACCUUGUCUCCCCACCACCUGCAACUGUACCUGCUGCAGCUGUGCCAGUCUGCGCUGCAGGAGAUGUACAUGUCGUCGCCCCUGCUGCACUUCCUCCUGCACCGCGCCCUCACCAACGCCUCCUUCGGGCACAACUUUGUUCACCAUCUCAGGUGUCUGGGAGCGUCGGUGCGGGUGCUGGGGGUGCUGGAGGCCUACUGCCGGGGGUUGUGCCGGCGGCAGAUGGCGCUGCUGACGGCGCAGGUGAAGAUGUUGCGGUGCCUCGCCGAUCUCGCUACGACUCUGGCCUCCUGUCCCGCUAGGGACCAAUCGAGUUCACUGCGCGAGCUGCUGGCACAGAAGGAGAACCUGACGGCGCUGCAGCACGUGUCGUCACCGCUGUGUCAGGGCCGGCAUCUGGGCGCUUUGAAGGUCUCCGCAUGCAGUGUACUCGACAGCGCACGAAAGCCACUGAAAAUUGUGUGGUACAAUUCGGACCCGAUGGCCCACUGUCACGCUGACACUUUCUGCAUGAUAUUCAAGCGGGGUGACGACCUGAGACAGGACGAACUGAGCCUGCAGGUGUUGUCGGUGAUGGCGAGCAUCUGGGCCGAGGAGGGCUUGGACCUGCGCAUGACCCCGUACAGCUGCCUGGCCAUGCACGGCAAUAUGGGCGUCAUUGAGCUCGUGAGCAAUUCUCGGACAAUAUAUUCUAUUCAACGACGAGCUAAACUAGGGGCUGUGCAAGUAGACUCAAGCCAGCUCUACAAAUGGAUCAAGGAACACAAUCCUGGUCCCAAACUAACACAAGCCAUCGAUAAUUUUACGCGUUCAUGUGCUGGAUAUUGCGUGGCCACUUUUGUCCUUGGUAUUGGCGACCGUCAUCCCGACAACAUAAUGGUUAACGAAGAUGGACAAAUUUUCCAUAUUGAUUUCGGUCAUUUCUUAGGCAACUACAAGAAGAAAUUUGGCGUGCAGCGAGAGCGAGUGCCGUUCGUGCUGACGCAGGACUUCCUUAUGGUCAUAGCUGGUGGCGAUGAAAAUGCCAAAGAGUCGCCUUCGUUUAAAAAGUUUGAGGAGUUGUGCGGUCGAGCUUACUUGGCCCUGCGGCGACACUCUCGUCUCUUGUUGUCUCUCUUUGCCAUCCUGCUGGACUCGGGACUGCCGGAGCUGCAGACGCAGGCCGACCUCGCCUACCUGCGCCGCGCCCUGGGCAUGAGCUGCAGUUCUGAGCAGCAGGCCCUGCAGUUCUUCCAGACGCAGUUCUCGCAAGCCAGUAGUUCUGCUUGGACCACGAAGUUAGAUUGGUUUUUCCAUUCAGUUCGUCAUCGAUAAAAUGACUGACAAAAUGUUGGAAUGGAUUCCGUCGUUGAUGAAAUUGUUCAAUGUAUUUCGGUCAAGACGUCGGACUCGAUCUCUUUGCUAUUUAUAAGUAUUGUUAGUAAUUGCAUAAGACGCCUCUUGGUAGCAAGUCAUGAGUCAUUUAUCGAUGCUUCGGAUGCUGCUUGUAACGAGCAACUUGAUUUUAUGAAUAAUUAUCUGAAAUAUUUUA